ACUAGCUUAUUUAUUGUCUAUUUCUCUUUGUUUCCAGUAACCACCUGCAUUUUAACUCGACAUGGAUUGGAAUAUGCCCAUAAAAAGGUUGUUCCCUCCUCUAAACCUGCCGUUCAGACACAACUUUCUGUGUGGACAGAUAUACCCACCGUUGAUAGACGGCAACGAGAUACACAGAACAUCAAACUACGAGCUGAGGGAUGACGAUGUUAUUUUGGUUACCUAUCCUAAAUCAGGGACUCUAUGGGUACAGCAAAUACUGAAAUGUUUAUACGAGAGGAACGGUGUGAACAAGGACAGCAGGAUUUCACUCAGAAACAACCUUUCCCAGGCAGUGCCCUGGAUUGAGCUGUUAGAUAUUGAGGAAUUUAACGCUAUGACAUCGCCCCGAGUUAUGACCACACACGAAACAUACAAUAACUUAGCCUGGAGACCCGGUACUAAGACUAAGUACAUCUACCUGACCAGAAACCCUAAAGAUGUUCUGGUCUCUUACUUUCAUCACAUGUCCGGCUACAGAGCAUACGAGUACAAUGAACCUUUGUCUCAGUUUGUAGAACUCUUCACAAAAGGAAAACUCCCAUACGGUUCAUGGUUUGGCCAUACUUUAGACUACUUUGAAAACCUGAACAACAUGGAUAUCUUUCACAUAGACUAUGAAUCUCUGCACCUCAACUUUGAGAAGAUUGUCAUGAAAUUGAACAGAUUUUUGGGACUGAGAAAUUUGUCGAACGAAGAUCUAGAGUCUAUUAAAGAGCGUUGUGCUUUCAACAGAAUGAAGGUGGACAGUAAUGCCAACAUGAGCCGCUUCGAACAUCGCCGUAAGCCUAACAGUGCUGAUUUCUUGCGUCAAGGAAAAGUUGGUGACUGGGAGAACCACCUUUCGGCUGAGGAGUGUUCCAGUGUAGACAGAGUUACCAACAGUUUCUUUGAUAAAACUACUAAGAAGUUUAUUUAUAAUCUGGACUGACACGGCCAGUUAAUGGGCAGUUAAUUGGACGGUUAUUGGGCGGUAAAUUUGUUUAAUAUUGCUUAAUUUGUUUUGGAUCGUUUUUUGUAUGUGUUGAUUAAUUUAUUGUUAUUGAUUUAUGAUAUAACCUCGUCUAAGUUAACUGCAUUGUUAUUUUGACUUAAAUUUCACUCCCAGUCUUUAACUAGCUUCGCAUUUCCUGUGGUCUCUCGUUAUUUUAUCGACUUAACCUGGGACCGCAGGCUAUAAAGUAUAAUGUUCAUAAACAUUAAUAAAGAUUUGGCAGAAUGACAGGCUGAACGCCGCCCAGUAAAAUUACCGAUGUGUCAACAGGUUGUCAAAAUUAAAUUGUAUAUUGCUUUAAUUUUUUUCUUCCAGUUUCAUCAUGUUCAAUUUAAUUAAUUCCUAAAAUAUAAUUUGACUCCAAUUUCCAAGAUUACAAUUUUAGGACACUUGUUUUUUAUUUUCAAUUUGUGAGGAAAACGACGAUGAGUUAGAAUUAAUAUUUGAUGAUGAAUGAUAUAAUACUAAUAGUAGAUAAAAUGAUUGAUAAUAAUCAUAAAGAUCGUCGAAUGGUUCAUACAUUACAAAACUUUCAUUAAUCAAUAAAGUUCAAUAUUUUUAUUAUGCUUAAAAAGAUUAAAAAAGUCCAGUUUUUAGCGCUUGUAAACGUUGCAUAACAGUAUGGCGGUACUUAAUAAAUGAUAUCUAAAUUAUAGUUCGCAGAGCUCGAUUAACAACGAAACAAACUGGGUCACUAGCCGUUUGUUGGAAAUCGGAACUCGGAUGGAUUUUAUAAUGAAAUCCAUAAUUAAUCUCUCGCAAGUGAUUUAAUGUUUAUUACUAUUGUUACUGUUUGGAAUUCUUUCGUACUAAAUGCAACCGAAGGCGAAACCGUUGGUUAUCAUAAAUCAAUUACUAAAUUAGAAAGGUUUCGUUCAACUCACAAUUUUAAGUUCUUGUUGAC